AUGGCUCAAGAAAUAACCGUUUCGCAGUUCUUGAGCCAAAUCGGCAUCAUCAUCAUGGUCAUGAGUAUUCAGAUUAUAUGCCAUGGCAGGAGCUCACGCACAGCUGCUUUAGGCAUCUUUGCAUUUCUAGCUGUUUUUGUGGCGUAUAUCCUUAUGGGAAAGGGUCUGAAGUCUAGAGUCAACCUGGUCAUGCUGAUCGCCACGAUAAUCAUGUUCACAUCCGCGAGUGCGGGUGUGGCGCUCAGCAUCUUUUCGUUUAUGGCCACUAUCCAAGGCGUGCUGAUCGACCAGUCGUCGCCCAAUCUCGGUUAUCGAUUCAACGCGGCGGAGAAGAUCACGUCGAGCUUUGGCUUUGAAUUGUUAAAUUUGAUUGGCUCAUUCCUCAACUUCAUGCUUAGCGACAUUAUCGUGGUCUGGAGGGCUUGGACACUGUCUAGCGAGAACAGGAAGAUGAUGGUGGGCCCAUUGCUCGUCCUCUUCGGAUCUCUUGCAACCGCCAUUGCGAGUAUAGGAAUCAACACCAGAGUCUUCUUGAUAAGAAACGUAGAGCUGUCCCGUGUCGCGGCUGAACUGCAGUACGCAUCAUGGGUAUUAUCGCUCAUCACCAACCUCGCGACGACGUCAGUUAUUGGCUAUAAAGCAUGGCAGCAUAGGCGGUUCAUCAAGGAAAACCUCGGUCAAGGCAACUCGAGGACAAGGGUCGAGAAGAUCAUGGCGCUUCUAGUCGAGUCUGGAGCAUUCUAUUGCAUCUUCUGGAUUAUCCUCCUCGUUAACAGGUUCAUCCGCAUCGUCCCCUUAAAUAACAUAGGGGAGCUAAUUCUACCUAUUUCGCUUCAAUUAGCCGGAAUUUACCCCACCGUUAUUCUCGUCCUCGUCAGCCUCGAAAAAACGAUUUGGGACUCGCGCGGCAGCGUCGUGGGAUCUAUUGAUGGUAAUAAUACACACAUGGAAUUCGCCCCUGGUCCGGGCAUCGUCUCAAAAACUACGGCGAGCCGACAUCAGAUCAGUGUCAUCCAACUAGACACUGACAUGCAGACAGUCGAUUUUGAGAGAGACGACUAUAGGGACUCGAUCAAAUCUUCAGUGUAA